AUUUCCGGUUUCAUUAAAUGAUUAUUUUAGCGUAUUUUAUACUAAUUUUUCGUUUUCCUUUGAUGUAUUUAGAAACAUGGAUUGGCAAUUAACUUGUCGAGUAUGUUUAGAAACUGGUGAUAUGGUAUCCCUCUUUGAUUGGGACGAAAAUAAUGAGCAACUUGCUGACAAGUAUUUGUACUGCUGCGGUAUUGAGGUUACUAAAAAGGACAUAUUACCGACGCUAAUAUGUUUGAAUUGCGUGGAUCGCUUAACGUUUGCUUAUCAAUUCAAACAACAAUGUAUUGCAUCGACGGAUACUUUGAAAGAAUGUCUCGAAGAAUUUAUGAAGAGCCAGGCUGAGGUUUCUGAGCCCAAGAAAGAAGCCAGUGAAACUGAAACAAUUACAAUAAAGCAAGAGAAUGGAUUACUUCUACAAUAUGAUCUUCCAGUAGAGCAUGAUCCACAGGCGCAAUGGACAAGAACUCUUACAAAAACACCAACUACCACUGUUGUUACUAAAUCCCCGGGCCCUAGAAAAAGGGGGCGGCCAAGGAAGUAUCCGAAUGAGCAAGGACAAAUUGACAUUUCUCCGUACACCCGCAAGAAGCAGAAGGAAAAUGAAAAAGAACCGCAGUCCCUUACUUCACUGUUGGCAUCAGGAACAUUUGAACUUAAAGAAGAACCGCUGGAUGAGGAAGAGGCUUUUGAAGGAGAUCAUUAUGACAACAGUGACCCGGACUUUAUACCCGCUGAAGAAGCAGAAUCUGAACCUGAAACUAAAAAGGAGCAGCCUGCACCACGACGUCGCGGUAGACCGCCCAAAGUACAUAUUGAGCCGGUCAAGGAAAAGACACAAGAUGGUGAGGAUGUGCUUCUAAAGGAGACAAUACUGGCAUUCUCCGAGCCUAUACCUGAUCAUAUACUGAAUCCUAAGCCCAAGAAGAAGAGAUCUUAUAUGCAAAAGAAGAAAUAUAAUUAUGAAAAGACCCACACGUGCGAGACGUGCGGUGCGUCGUUCACAUCGAAUGCAUCUCUACAAGCGCAUAUACGACGUCAUUUGGGCAUCAAACCAUUUGUAUGCAGCGUGUGCGGCUACGCAUGUGUACUAAACAUGGAGCUACGCCGACACAUGAUGCGACAUACAGGCGUGCGUCCCUACAAGUGCCGCGUCUGCGACCGCCGUUUCGGAGACUUUGGUAGCCGACAGAAGCAUGAGAGGUUGCACAUGGGUCUCCGUCCAUACCAAUGCUCUCUGUGUGGCAAGGCCUUUACAUACUCGUACGUGUUGGCCAACCAUAUGCUCACACACACCGGAGAGAAGAAAUAUUCUUGCACACCUUGCAAUAAGAAGUUCACCAAAGCGCAUCACCUCAAGUAUCACAACAAAGUACAUCAUAAAGAAUUAUACAUACAACAACAAUUGGAACAAGAGGCAAAGAAGAUACGCCAGCAAUUAAACAUCAAUAAUCUAUCAGGUGUUAUAUCCGGGCAGAUUGUUGAUGGGAAGCUGCAGCUCAUCAAAGCACAGCCUGACGAAGAUGGUGAAGGUGACCAGGACAGGGAAAUGGAAGUGGUGGAGGAGCAGGAUCAAGAUCAGGACGAGGACAGCGAUAAGGAAACAAACAGAGCCGUGGCCGACAUGAGAGCUGUGAUUCUGGACACAGACUUUUCAAUGGAAGACGAUGACAGCAAAGAACAGUAAUUACUAAACAUGUAAUACUAAAAUAAAACCUCAAAUAAGUAUUGUUAGUUAAAUAUAAUCAUGAGUUUUCAUUGCAGAAACAAGUUAUAAAAACAUACAUCUCUUUGUUAUUGAAAAAAUCCUGUUUUUGUACGUGUUUUUGCAGUGAAAACUACAUACAAAACCUCAUAAAUAAUCUAUUAUUAAAUAUUGUUAGCUUCUAAUAAAAUUUUAGUAGUUUUGUUAGUAAGCGAUUUGAAAUAUAAUUUGUAUGAUGUAACAUUUAGUAAUAUUGAAGAAUAUUUUUUACUAUAAAAUUAAAUUAUGUUGAUAAUUAUUACGCUUAAUAUUUAGUGUGUAAUUUGUUAAUAGUUGUAGAAGAAAUAAAUCGUUUUUUCAA